CAUCCCAAUCCCAUCCGGCGCAUUCCUCUAGUUUCCGGAACUAAAUGGAGGAUACCGGAAUUUCAUCUCCAUUACUCCCGGAGCACAGAAAACAAAAUGGUUGUUCUUCCAAUACUACUAGUAGCAGUACUAAUGGCAGCGCGUCGAUCUCUGGUGCGGUGUUCAACGUAUCGACGAGUAUAGUAGGUGCUGGAAUUAUGUCAAUUCCAGCUACACUCAAAGUUCUGGGUGUAAUUCCAGCGAUUGGUCUUAUCUUGAUCAUUGCUAUAUUAGCUGAUAUCUCUGCUGAUUUCCUCCUGAGGUUUACAAAUUCAGAGAAAUCGACUUACGCCGGAGUAAUGGGAGAUUCAUUUGGGAGGGUGGGGUCAAUUAUGUUGCAGAUCUGUGUCAUGAUUACAAAUCUCGGAUGCCUUAUCAUCUAUCUCAUUAUUAUAGGGGAUGUUCUAUCGGGAACUGGAGAGGGGAGUGCAAUGCAUUUUGGGGUGCUGAGAGAAUGGUUUGGAGUACAUUGGUGGAACUCAAGAGCUUUUGUGAUUCUCUUCACUCUCGUAUUCGUUUUGCUUCCUCUCGUGUUGUUCAAACGCGUAGAGUCAUUGAGAUUCACUUCUGCAAUAUCAAUUGCUCUUGCGGUGGUGUUUGUUGUUAUAAGCACUGUCAUGGCUAUCUCCGCACUAUGGCAAGGCAAAACAAAUAGUCCCAAAUUGGUUCCUGAACUGGUGAACAAAGCUUCAUUUUUCGAGCUUUUCACGGCCGUUCCUGUCAUUGUGGGAGCCUUCACCUUCCAUUUCAAUGUUCAUCCAAUUGGAGCCGAACUUGGUAAACCUUCUGAUAUGGUCACGGCUGUUCGCAUAUCACUAGUUUUUUGUUCUGCAAUAUACAUUUUUGUUGGAUUCUUUGGGUACUUGCUCUUUGGAGAAUCCAUUAUGCCCGAUAUACUAGUCAAUUUCGAUCAAAAUUUUGGUUCAGCGGUCGGAUCAAUCCUCAACGAUGUGGUUCGCUUGAGUUUUGCACUUCAUCUCAUGCUAGUAUUUCCUCUAUUGAAUUUCUCUCUGAGGAUCAAUCUUGAUGGACUUCUCUUCCCAAAGUGUCGACCCUUGGCUUCUCACAGAAUUCGAUUCAUACUGUUAACUUGUUUACUUUUGGUGUUGGUGUACAUAAUAGCAAUAGCCAUCCCAAAUAUUUGGUACUUCUUUCAGUUCAUGGGUUCAACAACUGGUCUAUGUAUCGCUUUUAUCUUCCCAGGUGCAAUCGUUCUAAGAGAUGUUCAUGGAAUAUCCACAACGAAGGAUAAGACAUUGGCUGUACUAAUGAUAGGUUUAGCUGUAAUAACAAGCUCCAUUGCCAUUUUUUCGAACAUUACAAGUCUAGUCGCGCGUUAAGCACAAGCAGAUAUCAAUUUUUUUAUGGAGAAAAGAAACUUGGUUUUACCCAACAUCAAGAUACCAAGCAAUGCAACUAAGACAGCAUUGGUGCUUUGUAUAUGGCUUGUUGUCGCCUUGCUAAUACUUGUAUGAAUGAAUGUGCCGUGUCUUUGACUGCGAUUAAAUUCUAAAUUUUACACAAUUCACAC